AUGGGGUAUCCGAAUCCAAUCAAUAUUAGUGAGGGCUUCACUUUGGAGGGACGCCCGGUGGCGUCUCGGGGGCCAUCGCUGUCUACUCAUCCAGCCAUGUACUCUCAGUGCCAAGGCUCUCAAGCCCAGGAGGGCCAGCUUAACCCUCUCCAAGAAGCCCACAGGCGUUGCUUAUCAACCGCCAAGGACGCCUUGUUAUACGCACGUUUCUCCUGCUGGUGCCCCCUCAUCAUUCUGAUCACGCAACAAUAG